AUGGACGACAUCAUCGCCCUCUCAAAGACCCUCAACCUCAACUCCCCAAGCCACGAAGAACCGCUGACACACGUCUCGGGCAACCAGAUCCCGCCCCUCAAGACACUCACCCUCAAGUCCCGGCCCCUAGCGAGCCACGCCCUCACCUUCUCCUGCGACGCCGAGCUGGCCGUCGCUGCCGACGACUCGAUCCACGUCUUCCUUCCCGAGUUCCCCACGCCAGAGGAGCCGACGACGACCACCAAGCAGCCUCCCAAGACCGGCGGCAAUGAUGUACAGACCGCAGUAGCAGACGCGGACCCCGCUGGCGUAGCAGCAGCCGUCGCAGCCGCCGCCGACGCGCAGGAUGGCGACAAGAUGUACCGCCAGCAAUUCUACACCUUCCAGCUCCGCAUCCCGACAUCCCGCAAACCCGACCCGCGCAUGAACGCCGCGCUAUUUGCCGCGCGCGGCCUCUCCGUGCCCUCGUACGACGACGACUGGGCCGCCUCAGCCGGCGGCGGCGGCGGCGGCGGCAGCGAGGCGGUCGCAGACCCCUCUUCCGCUUUCGAGGGCGUUGGCUCAGGCACCGUUACUGGCUACGGCGCCUCGCUGAACCAGGUCGUCGCAAUCGAGUGGUCCCCCGGUAACCUAGGCCGCAACCUGCGCGCCGUGCUCGCCGUGAUGCUCACCAACGGCGCGCUCCUCGUCAUCGGUGAGGGCGGCGGCGGGAGCGUAGAUCUCGGCGCCCGGAUGAGGAAUUUCAGGGACUGGAGGAUCCUCUGGGGUCUGGGCGCCAACUUGCCGCUGCCGGACCCGGACGCCGAGCGGGACGAGGCGUAUUUGCCGAGGGACAAGAUCCGUUCUUUCUCUUGGGCGAGACUGAUUGGGACCGGGCAAGCUCUCUUGGCGUACGCGACGGACCAGGAAGAGGUUGUCGUGCUGAGCGCGCAGUAUUACCUCCCCAACGAGACGGACGAUCAGUCGGAUGCCGGGUCGUAUGUGUGGGAGGUUGAGGAGGUUGCGAGGUUUGAUGGGAGGGGCCCGCAUCCGAGCUCAGGCCUCUUGGACCCCGACUACAUCCCCUACACCUCGGCCUUUUCCUUGAAAUGGAGCCCCUGGCUACACUCGGGCGACACGAGAACCGCCAUCCUCGCGUACUGCGCCAGGAACUACGUCGGCUUCCGCAGGAUCACGAUCCCCGGCGACUGGAAGCGCGGUGCUGCUGGCGAGGUCGCCGUCGAGGAGGCGGACGUCACCGGCAUCUGCACAAACUUGCUAUCCGACGCGUUUGUCGAGUGGGAGGACGCCGUCUGGGACCGAGACGACGUCAAGGUCUGCAGGGGCGUCAUUGCGUCUCCGUUCAAGGCCUCGCCUUUCCAGGUCGCACUCAACGGGCCCGAGGGCACGGCGAAGGAGUGCCAUGAUACGAGUGUAUGCAAGACGACGUAUCCUGAAGAUACAACCUCCUUAGACGCAACGAAUCCCAUCACAAGCCUUAUAAUCCACCCUCCAAACCUAUCAAAACAAACCAAAGCCCCAGGCUACUCCCUCAUCCGCCUCUCCGCAACAGCAACAAACGACAACUGGUUCCAGCAAAGCACAGGCGACGGGUCCUCCUCGCCGGCCCCCGAAUCCCUCCCCAAGUGGGCCGAGAUCGUCUCCUCGACAGUCAAGCUCUCGGUGCCAGCCGCCAUGCUCGGCCGCGGCGGCGUCGUCGGCGGCGCAGCAGUGGGUGGCGGGGACGGCGAGUCCGUGGCCUCGGGAGACGACGACGAUUCUGAAGACGAUGACGAUGACGACUUUGACCUGCCCGAGGACGCGGGUGAGCAGAUCCACCCGCACCGCGUCCGCAUGUGGGGCAUGACGAUGACGCCUGCCGGGGGCAUGAGCGCCGUGCUGGUAUCGCAGCAUAGUACGCAGAAGCCGGAGAAGACGGUCAAAACCAAGGUCAUGUUUGGGGGCCGGGUCGGCGGGGAUGGGGCGGCGACGUUGGCAUCAUUGGCUGCAGCGGCAGGCGACGGUGAUGGGAUGGAUGUCGAUGGAGGGGACGACGGUGGUAGGGCGAGUAGGUUGCGGUACUGGGAGAGGCAGAGCACCGAGGCCAAGAUGUGGGAUUGGAUGUAUGCUGGCGGACCUGCCGUUCCUGGGACGCUGGACACUGGGGAUGAGGCGAGGGCGGGAGAUGUUUCGUUGCGCAAGAGGUUUGAGGAGGUCAAGAGGAAGCAGACGUGCGUGUUUUGUCACGCGUCUCUCGUCGAUGAGGGCAAGGAGUCCAUUUGCGAAAGGGGGCAUAUAUUUGCUACCUGUGCGGCAACCGGCCUCGCGAUCCUCGCGCCGGGCAUCUCGCGAGCCUGUGCUGUCUGCGGCCUGCGGUGUCUCGUGGCGAAGGGGGUCGUCAAGAUCGCGCAGGAGCAUCUGGGCCCUGAUGCCAAGGUUGAUGCCCCUGAGGAAGCUUGUGGUGGGUGCGGUGGCAAGUUUGUGGUGUAA